AUGGAGAAGAAAGGCUCUCUGCCUCUCUUCCUUGUUUUCAUCGCAUCUGGAGAUCUUUCAGGCACUAUACCUUCUGAGGUAGGUGACCUGCCUUUCGUCGCCUAUUUAGUUUUAGCAGAUAACAUCAAUGUCACAGGGACUAUUCCUAAAUCCAUUAGCAAACUCAAGUAUCUUUUUCACCUUGAUCUUGGGCGUAACAGCUUAACCGGUCCUAUUCCUAAUGAGCUGUUCAAGUUGAAGAAGCUCAAGGAAGUUGAUCUCUCUGUAAAUCAUUUGUCAGGGGCUAUUCCACCGUCUAUCUUGUCAUUGUCUUCUCUCUCGCAAUUCAACAUCUCUCACAACAACUUCACCGAUCUUAUACCUUCAUUGCCGAAAAGCUUGAAGAGUAUUGAUGUGAGUUACAACCAACUUUGCGGCCCCGUCCCUAGUGGGUUGAAGGGGUUUGGAAGGGCUAAUUUUGAACAUAAUAAAUGUCUUUGUGGUCCUCCUUUGCUUCAAGGUUGCAAGUAAAACUCAUCUUUUUGGACGUAUCAUUUGUUUUUUACACUAUUCACAAUACGACUUUGGUCAUCUUUUGUGAUUCGUGCGUAAAUAAAUUUUAGAUAUAUAAAGUCAUGUUAGAUUCGUAUCAA